AUAUUAUUUUGUCGUGUUUGAACGCCACACAGAGGCGAAUUGUCCAGUCUGACCGAUUUCGUUUACCCGUUACCUGCACGCGCGAUCAUCGGCUAGUCAUAACUGGGAACGGUAUUAACUAUUUAGUGCAUUUCCGUAAUUAAAUUAAAAACAAUUUUUUUUUUUUUUUUUUUUGAAAUUCGUAAACAAAUCAAAUAUUUCGCAAAUAACGGACUUCGAAUUCUGAUCGAUUGACGAACGCUGACGUAUCCGGGAUCUGCAGGAUUAUCAGAUCAAUUUGUCCAUAUUACUAUACAUGUAUACUACGAAUAUAUUGGACAUAAGUACAUUUUAAUAUCAAUGUUUUAGUUGCGUGCUGCAGGACCGUUGUUAUUGUUGUCGGGGCGUGUGUGUAUGUGUAUGCGUUUGUGUGUGUGCGCGCGCGUUCGACGGUGCGAUGGCGUUUAGAUGAGGGGUCCACUUACGCCGUUUAGUUUACCGGCAAUGAGUUUGGAAGAGGGGUCGUACACCGGCGGAAAGCCGGGCCAACAACAACUACAACAGCAGCAGGGAGGCGGUUUCGGACAGAAGGGCGACAACGGCGACGGUGGUGGCGUCAACAACAAGGUGAAGUACACGAUGCCCGGCGUAUUGCACUUCAUACAGCACGAGUGGUCCAACUUUGAGCUGGAGCGAGCUCAUUGGGAGAUCGACAGAGCCGAGUUGCAGGCAAGGAUUGCAUAUCUUCAGGGUGAAAGAAAAGGUCAAGACAAUCUGAAAAAUGAUUUAGUUCGUCGAAUUCAAAUGUUAGAACAUGCAUUACGAGCUGAAAGAGCAAAAUAUCAUAAAUUAAAAUAUGGCACAGACAUUUCACAAUCUGAAAUGCAAUUACCUUCUGCUUCGAGUGCGCAAGAUGAAUAUUCUUCUUUACCAGAAGGUGGUGCAGACAGUGAAGCUCCAUUAUCAGUAAUUUCUAAUGUCAGUUGGAAACAAGGCAGGCAGCUACUUAGAGAAUAUCUACAUGAAAUAGGGUAUACGGAUACAAUUAUUGAUGUUCGGUCAUCACGUGUUCGUAACCUUUUAGGUCUGAAUAACAAUAACAAUUUGAAUGAAAUAGAACAAGGGCAAAUUGAAAGUAGUCAGAUUAAUGGAAACAACUACAAUAAACGUUUUAGUGACAAUCAAGGCCAGUGUUCUCCUACCAAACGAACUCAGCAGCAGCAACAACAACAACAACAAAAGAAAUUAUUAGAUGUUGAAUCAGCUGUUAUGGCAAAUUUUGAGUUUUUAUCUGAAAUGCGUAGUACAAGUGAUUCUGGUGAUGUAGACAUGGAUGAUGAUGGUGUUGAUGAUGAUGAUGACGAUGAUGAUGAAGAUGAUGAUGAAAUGGGGAUGGCAGAUGAUGUCAUUGACAUGACAUCUAUUUGUAAAUUUGGCCCUGAUGAUGUAGAUGCAGAGGCUGAUGAAGUUGUAAAUGAGCUGCAGUUACUGACAGAAGACAUUAGUAACAAAGAGAAUGAACAAAAUGACUGGAAAGUUUCAAAUAGAGAUGUAUUUAACAAGAAUUCAAACAAUGCUAAUUGGAUUAAAAAUGAACCAGUUGAAAUGGUUGAUGGAAAUAUGGAUUUAGCUUUAGGGUUAGGAGAAUUGGCACAACUUACUGUAAAUAAUGAAUCCGAGACUAAUGCAGAUAUUAUUGAUAUGAAAACUGCGUCUAGAAAAACAUGGAAUGCUAAGUACACUUUACGUAGUCAUUUUGACGGUGUUCGUGCUUUGGCUUUUCAUCCAACUGAAUCUAUUUUAAUAACUGCUAGCGAAGAUCAUACAAUGAAGCUUUGGAAUUUGCAAAAAACUAUUGCUCCAAAAAAAUCAGCAUCUUUAGAUGUAGAGCCAUUAUAUACAUUUAGAAGCCAUACUGGCCCAGUCUUUUGUUUGGCAAUCAGUAAAAAUGGUGAACACUGUUAUAGUGGUGGUUUGGAUAAUGUUAUCAAAGUAUGGUCAAUGCCAUCAGCUAAUAUAGAUCCCUAUGAUUCUUAUGAUAAAAACAUUUUGAUCAACAACCUAGAAGGCCACGAAGAUGCUGUAUGGGGAAUUUCAGUUCAUCAUAAUCGUUCUGAAUUGUUAUCAUGUUCAGCUGAUGGUUCAGUUAAACUCUGGUCACCAACUAAUCUCAAGACACCAUGUUUGUCAUCUUAUGUUUCUGAUCAAGAUGAAAUUCCUACCUCAGUUGAUUAUGUGAGAGAUGUAGAAGGUCAAUUUGUUGCAUCGUAUAAUUCAUCUCAUUGUGUUAUUUAUGAUAUUGAAACUAAGAGUCCAAUAACUCGAUUAGAAUGCUCAAAGGAUCCAACUGAAAUGGCAACUCAGCUAAUUCAUCGGGUUAAAUGCCACCCAACAUUACCUCUAACUAUUACAGCACAUGAUGACCAUCAUAUUCGUUUCUUCGAUAACAAUACUGGAAAAAUGGUUCAUUCUAUGGUUGCCCAUUUAGAUGCUGUAACUAGUUUGGCUGUUGAUCCUAAUGGCUUAUAUUUAUUAUCUGGAAGUCAUGACUCAUCCAUCAGAAUAUGGAAUUUAGAAAGUAAAACUUGUGUACAAGAAAUUACAGCGCAUCGAAAAAAGUUAGACGAAUCUAUAUUAGAUGUCGCAUUUCAUCCAUCUGAAGCAUAUAUUGCCAGUGCUGGAGCUGACAGCCUAGUCAAAGUAUUUGUAUAGGUACAGUAAAUGUAUAAUAUAAAUUAGUAAGACACUUAGUUAACUUUAUCUUUGUGUCUUUUGUUUUGACCGACCUUUGAUCAAAUCCAUCAUUGUAGUAUUUUGCAGUAAUCAUGAUUUUUUAAGUUGAAUUAUUACUUUUUCUUUGAAAUUGUUUUAUUAUAUUCAUUUUUUUUUUUCUAAAACUAAACAUUUAAAAAGUAAAUUAUUGUGCAUAACUUAUUAAGUUUCUGUGAUUUUAAUUUUUAGUAAAAUUAUAGUGUUUAAGGUUUCUAUGUAUUAUCAUAUUUUAUAUGAUUGAACUCCCAUUAUUAAUAAUCAAUAAUUAUAUAUAUAUAUUUUUUUUAAUCCCUUUCUUUUUAUUAUUUCUAUUUUUAAUUUCAUUGAUUUUGUUAAAUGUACAUUUUAUAGUGAUGCUGUUAAAAAACACUUAGUAAGCUAUUUUUUUCAGUUCAGUUAUUAUAAUGACCAUAUUCCAUCCUUAUCUUGUUACAAAAUGGUUUACAUUGUUGAUCAAAUGUUUUGAAACUUCAUAGUUAUUGAAAAUUUUCAAUUUGGAAAGGUAAUUUUUACUAACUCUUUUUCAUUAUACUAUGUAUGUGUUUUGAAAAUGAAUACUCUACAUUUAUACACAUAUUCAAUGUACCCUGGAUAUUGUAAUCUUAAAAUUAAAUGCAAUUAUAUUGUUUAAUUGAAUCUCAAAAUUAGUACCACCUUAAUUUGGUGAUCAAACCAAGCUCUUAUGUGUGAGUCAAACUGUGCAUUCUUUAUGUAUUUUAUUUAUUUUUUAUUAAACCUUGAUGAAAAAAUUUGCCUUUUAUCAUUUUAUAUAAAUACUGCAAUUAUAGAUCAGUAUUGGCUCUAGUCAUUUUUCUGUUAUUUUCCCAUAUUCAAUUCAACAUUCACUUUUAAAACACAAAAGGGACCUUGAUUUCUAAAAUUGAAAUAUUUCGCAUUUAAUUUACAACAAUUAAUUAUCAUUACAUACUUUAUAAUUAUAUAAAUAAAUAAAAAAUGUAAUAUUUAUAAGAUAACAUGUAAAAAUUCAAAUUAUUUAAGAUCCAAAAAGUGAAUAAUUAAUUAGUCCUGACACUUAAAUUAAAAUUGUAGAGUAAUUUAUGUUUAAGUCUAGUCUGACAAUAUCAUUAAAAUAAAAUAAAUAUAUACACCACAAUAUUUAUAUAUAUUAUCUAAAUCAAGUAUAAUAAUAAUAUGUAUGUGCCUGUUUCAAACUUAAAUGUUUUCCGAAGUGGUUGUUAUAAAUGUUGUAUAUUCAUGUGAGGUAUGUUCAAUGUAAGGAUGAUAUUGUAUUUCUGUCUAAUUUGACAUCAAAACUAAAAAUGAAUAAAGAACAAUAUUUUGUAUAUUUAUUGUAUUGAGAAAUGUUCUGCCAUUUUUGUUUUAACAAAUAAAAUAUUUUAUAUUUUUCUCAAUAUAAUAUAUAGAUAUACAAAAUGAAACAGACACAUUAUUAUUUUAAUUAUUUAUCAAAUAUAAUAUCAUAAGAGAUAGCAUUAUUAUACUACCUAAGUGUGUUGAUCUUAUGUGAUUACUGUAGAAAAGUGUAUGAUCAACGACACUACUAUAAAAUAAAAAAAAGUAGAAUAAUAUAUUAUAUAUAUAUAUAUUUAUAUAUAUAUAAGAAAAUACAUUAUGUACCUAUACUAUAACUUGUUGUAUAAUAUUAUAUACUGUUGUAAAAAUAUAUAAUUAUUAUCAUAAA